GGCAGUAUAUACAUAUGAAUUGCAAGUAUACUGCAAAGUAAAAUUGAAUACAGCGAUCGUACAUAAAGUUAUGUAUUAAUAUGUUACAAUGAUUAUUCAGGUUAGAUUUUUAUCUAAAAAACGUCAUUAUGGCCUGUUUUUCCCCUUUACCUGUAGAACUUGUAAAGAACAUUUUUGAACUGUGUAUGUGUGUUAGUCUGAUUCAGGGAAGACCUCCUGAACCCAGCUGUUUGUCUAUGAAGAGUGAAGCAUCAAUGGGUGACCCACCUGAAAUAAAUGAGACAGACUCUCCUGUUGAUUUGAGAAACCAACAUGAUGAAUCACUGUCAGAAUCAAACUCCACUGGACAGAAGCCGUUGGACUCGAUUUUUAAGGAGCUUGAACACAAAAUAAUCUUUCUGACAAAGAAAGAGCUGAAGAGGAUCAAAGGAGCUCUGAGCCCAGAUUACUCCGCAUGCUCUGAGAGAGAGGAGAAGGAGGAGGUGGAUGCAGGUGAAAGCAGAGUCAGACAGGGGCUUCUGCAGAUCACCCUGAAUGUCCUAAGGAGGAUGAACAAGACAAACCUUGUUAACAUACUACAGACCAGACUUGCCCCUUUUUAUGUGAAGCAACACAAAUCCAGACUAAAGGAGAAAUUUCAGAGAAUUCAUGAAGGAAUAUCAAAUCAAGGCAUCUCCACAUCUCUGUAUGAGAUCUACACAGAGCUGUACAUCACAGAGGGAGGGAGUGGAGAGGUCAAUAAUGAACAUGAGGUGAGACAGAUUGAGACACAAUCCAGGAGACCAGAGACACAGGAAAGACCAAUCAAAUGCAAUGACAUAUUUAAGCCUUUACCUAGACAAAACAAAUCCAUCAGAACUGUGCUGACUAAAGGAGUUGCUGAAAUUGGAAAAACAGUUUCAGUGCAGAAGUUCGUUCUGGACUGGACUGAAGGAAAAGCAAAUCAGAAUCUCCACUUCAUUUUUCCACUUCCUUUUAGAGAGCUAAAUUUAAUAAAGGAGAGCAAUCUCAGUUUGAUUAACCUGAUUCAUCAUUUUUUCACACAUACAAAUAAAUUGAACUCAUCAAACAUUGAUGACUUCACAGUCCUGUUUAUCUUUGAUGGCCUGGAUGAGUGUCGACUCCCUCUGGAUUUUCAGAACAAUUAUAUUUUGUGUGAUGUGACAGAAUCAGCCUCAUUGGAUGUGCUGCUGACAAACCUCAUCAAGGGGAAUCUGCUUCCUUCUGCUCUCCUCUGGAUCACCUCUCGACCAGCAGCCGCCAAUCAGAUCCCACCUGAAUGUGUUGACCAGGUCACAGAUGUACGAGGGUUCAAUGAUCCUCAGAAGGAUGAGUAUUUCAGGAAGAAGAUAAAUGAUCAGAGUCUAGCCAGUAAAAUCAUUGCACACAUCAAAUUAUCAAGAAGCCUGCACAUCAUGUGUCACAUCCCAGUCUUCUGCUGGAUUUCAGCUACUGUUCUGGAGAGAAUAUUGAGGGAAGCAGAGAGUGCAGAGAUCCCCAAGACUCUCACUCAAAUGUUCACACACUUCCUGAUCUUUCAGCUCAAACUGAAAUCCCUGAAGUACGAUGGGAAAUGUGACGUAAAUCUUAAACAGGCUAAAAGUAAUAUCCUGUCACUGGGAAAACUGGCUUUUCAACAGCUGGAAAAAGGGAACCUGAUCUUCUAUGAGGAAGACCUGAGAAAGUGUGGCAUUGAUGUCAGAGAUGCAUCAGUGUAUUCAGGAGUUUGUACCCAAAUCUUCAGAGAGGAGUUUGGGCUGUACCUAGGGAAGGUGUACAGCUUUGUACAUCUGAGCAUCCAGGAGUUUCUUGCUGCUUUACAUGUGUUUCUUUGCUUUUUUAAACAAACAGGAUUUGUUAGCAUGUUCAGAUCAUCUUUGACUGAUUCACGUAAGAGUGAAGUGGACAAGGCCUUACAGAGUGAAAACGGUCACCUUGAUCUUUUCCUUAGAUUCCUUUUGGGUCUCUCACUGGAGUCCAAUCACACUCUCUUACGAGGUCUACUGAAAAAGACAAGAAUCAGAUCUCGCAGUGAACAGGAAAUAGUUGAAUACAUUAAGAUGAAGAUCAGGGAGAAUUCCUCUUCAGAGAACUCCAUCAAUCUGUUCCACUGUCUGAAUGAACUGAAUGAUGAUUCUCUAGUGCAGGAAGUCCAAAUAUACCUGAGCACAACUGAUGACAGUCAACUCUCUGGGGUUAAACUGUCUCCUUCUCAGUGGUCAGCUCUGGUGUUUGUGCUGCUGACCUCAGAAGAGAAGCUGGAUGACUUUAAACUGAGUAAAUAUCAUAAAUCAGAGGAAUGUCUUCUGAGUCUGCUGCCAGUAAUAAAAGCAUCUACAAAAGCUGAGUUGGAAUACUACAGUAUUGGAGAAAAAGGUUGUUCUGCUCUGGCUUCAGCUCUGAGAUCAAACCCCUCACACCUGAAAGAACUGAACCUGAACUAUAAUAAACUAGGAGACUCAGGAGUGAGACUACUCUCUGAUCUACUGCAGAAUCCACAUUGUAAACUGGAGAAAAUGCUGAUGUGUAACUGUAGUAUUGGAGAGGAAGGUUGUGCUGCUCUGACAUCGGCUCUGAAAUCAAACCCCUCACACCUGAGAGAACUGGAUCUAAGCUAUAAUAAACUAGGAGACUCAGGAGUGAAGCUGCUCUCUGAUCUACUGCAGGAUCCACACUGUAAACUGGAGACAUUACAGUGA